AUGUCGUCUAACCGGCGCGGCGUGGGUCUCUCCGCCUUCUCUAAUGCUGCCAUCUCUUCCGACAAGUAUGCCGCCCAUGGUGCGUCGCUCAAGUCAUCUCAUGCCGAUGCACUCGCCAACCAGCUCUCGGUCUUCCAGGCCGCGCUGCACAACUUCUCCCUCACGCAUGCCAAAGACAUCCGCAGCAAUCCCAUCUUCCGUGCCGAGUUCGCGCGCAUGUGUCAUGCCAUCGGUGUAGACCCUCUGGCCGGCAGCAAUGUCAAAGCGGCAAAGGACGCAAGUGGGAAGGGUGGGAGUGUUUGGGCCAAGAUGCUGGGGACGAGCGUGAAUGACUUCUACUUUGAGCUCGGCGUGCGCCUGGUUGAGGUGUGUCGAGAGAGUAGAGCGGAGAAUGGCGGGAUGAUUGCACUUUCCGAGGCCAGAAAGAGGAUUGCUGGGGGCAGAGGCUUGGUUGGCGGAGGCAUGGAAGUCACUGAUGACGAUGUGCAACGCGCACUGGAGUGCUUGGAGCCGCUCGGUGGGCAGUUCAAGGUGGUCACGCUGGGCAGUGUCAAGUACAUUCGCAGCGUGCCGAAAGAGCUCAACCGCGACCAGGCCACGGUCUUGGAAGUCAUUCAGAUAAUGGGCUUCGUCACUGUCUCUAUGCUGCAAGCAAACUUGGACUGGGAACGUGCCCGAGCUGUUGCGGUCAUUGACGACUUGGUCACCGACAGUCUAGUGUGGGUCGACGACCAGGCUGAAGAGGUCGAGUACUGGAGUCCAGCAUCUAUGCACGAAGGCGGCUCAGGACUUGUCUCCUGA